AUGUCGACGACACUCGCAACCGCCAGCGCCGCAUCGACUUCGGCGCUGCCCGUUGCUUCCACCUCGAGUGCCAGCCUCAGCUUCGCCCGCGAUGCCUACAUCCAACCGGGCGAUCUGGUCAUCAUCUUUGCCUCGCGCGACAAGACACCCAUGCCGCUUACGGUGACGCCGGGCGAGCACGUAUCCAACAUGUUUGGUCACUUUCCGCACGACGAUAUGGCAGGCAUGCCGUACGGCAGCAAGAUGGUUUCGAAGCGCGGACGCGGCUACAUCUACCUCCUCCGACCCACGCCCGAGCUCUGGACGCUCGCCCUGCCGCAUCGCACCCAAAUCCUCUACGCACCAGACAUGUCGUUCAUCUCGAUGAAGCUCAACAUGGGUCCUGGCAGUCGCGUCAUCGAAGCGGGAACCGGAUCCGGAAGCUUCAGCCACUUUAUCGCGCGCUGUGUCGGACGCGCCGAUGCGGGCACGGGUAAGACCAAGGCCACGUCGGCGCAGAUGCAGGUGCCGAGGAACUGGGGUGGACUGCCAAAUGACCUGCAGCAGAACCUGUCCCGAGGACGAGGUCAGCCUCGCGACACCGAGGACGAAGCCGCCCCGACCGACAGCGUAGAAGGCACUCCCGGUCCGAAGGACGUUCAGCCGGACACGGAUGCACACGUGCCCGAGGAGCACGGCCGGGUGUGGAGCUUCGAGUUCCACGAGCCUCGUGCACACAAGGCGCGCGCAGAAUUCGCCGCGCACGGUAUGGACAAGGUGAUCGUGCUCAACCAUCGCAACGUGUGCAAGGACGGCUUCGGCCUCACCGACGCCGCCGACUCGGUGUUCCUCGACCUGCCGGCGCCGUGGGAGGCGGUGGGGCAUGCGGUGCAGGCGUUGCGGCGCGAUGUUGUCACGCGCAUCUGCUGCUUCUCACCGUGCAUCGAGCAGGUGCUCAAGACCGUCACGGCACUCAACGAGCACGGCUUCACUGACGUCGAGACGUUUGAAUCGCUCGUGCGCACCCACGAGAGCCACGCCUCGGCCGGGCCCCAGGUGAGCAUCGACGAGGCCGUCAACCGCAUCCGCGUGGUCGAACAGCGCAAGGAGUCGCGGCGUCUGAUCCAGAUCGAAAAGGCACGCGCCGCAAAGGCGCACGCACAAGCCAACGAUACCGACAGCCCACAACUCGAGGCAGGCCACGACGCAUCGACAACGGAAGGCGAGACGCUCAAGCGCAAGCACGAGGGCAUCGAUGCUAGCGAGCAAGACGACGGCGCCGAGGCACAGGCGCAGACCAACGGCACCGACACCGACGCUGCAGAGACACCGCAACAGUCCGGUGCCGAAGGAUCGUUCCAACGCGGCAUCCAGGGCGGCGUCGCUAUCACCAAGAAGAAGGCGCGCCUGUUGCAAAUCCAGUCGCAGCAGAACCAGCCCAUCCAACCAGCGAGCGUCUUCUCGCGGCCCUUCUACGAGAUGCGAGGCCACACGAGCUACCUCACCUUCGCGACGCUGCUUCCGCGGAAGAUGACCGGCGGGCUGUAG